AUGAUCCGUCGAGACGCGUCUGCUUCGAGGGGAGGGGAGGGUCGAGAAGAGGACGACACAGCGGACGACUUCCAAGUAGACGAGUGGAGUCCGAUGCUGAGGUGCUCGACCGCGCCGUCGCUGGCGACGACAACCACGCCGAAGUCUCCAUGGUACGACGGCGAAACGACGGCUAACGACGUUCGGGCGUCCACCGCCGGGCCUGGGAUGAGGCGCGCCGCGGCCAGCCAUGGGGUUACCAUGUCCAUUCUAGGGCGGGACGCUCUCCUCGACACCACGAAUGCCGGAGCGGCUUCGCCGCAACGGUCACGGUCGCUCAGGGGCUCCGCAUUGAGGCCCCGUUCGUCAGCUACCGCUGCCUGGGAUGAAGGGGGCGGGAGGGGUUCGAUGGGUGGAAGAACUAGUCCUGCCGUAGUUCACGUGCGCACCACCAAAAGGAUGGACCAGGAGAUGGGGUUCCUCAGAGUAGGCACGUACUUUACGGCGUCCAAAGAUCCUCUGAGGCACGGUUUGACUGCUGCGCUGUCCGGAAAGCUUGUUCGACAGACGGACCACGACGGCCUGAAGUGGGACCUGCUCAAGCAGGUCCUUAAGGUGAUCACAGGGUCGCAGCACGGACUGCCGCUCCAGGCUGUGAAAGAAGUAGCAGCUACAUUUGGAACGGCCGUCGGCACCUCCAAGUUGGCCACCAAGGCUCAGUUCGUCGACAACAUCACGGGGAAGCACGAGGGAUUUCCCGAGAGCGAGCUGAACACCCUCUUCGGGUUCUUCCGGAGACCGAUGGCACCCGGUCCCGCCACGGCCACCACCUUUUCCGAGGAAAACCGCGACAAAUUCCCCCAAUCACAGCAACGCGGAGGCGUCGGAACCAAUAACAGUAGGCCGCGAACAUCCCCAGGUAAUUUCGGUAGAGCUGGUAAAAGCGGUAGUCGUGGCGGCAAGGAGAAAGACGGUGCCCAGGGAGCAGACUGGACUAUGGCCGUGGCGUGCUUGAGGCUACUCGCGAAACCGAAGGAGCCGGUAAAGGCAGCGGUGCUUGGAGUGUUUGAUGUGUUUGCGCGUGCCCGGGGGGACAGGAUGCGCCACAGGCAUCGCUUGGAGCAGGAGAGGCUCGAGAAAGAGAGGCAGGCGCAACUGGAGGAGGAGCGAGAGAGGUGGAAGCGCAGGCGUAAGCGGGAGCAAGAGAGGGGGAUCGCGCCUUCCAUGCAGCAGGGUCUUGCCGGUCCUGAAUCUCACAGUGCUUUCGCACUGUCCAGCGCGGACGGUAUCGGCGGCGGCGGCGGCGGCGAUGGCGGGGACGACGGCCGCGGAAAUUCCAGCUUAGAAAGGAACCGCGUUUGCUUCGCCGAGACGGCCCGCAUGUUCACCCUGGUGUGCAGCAACGACCAGGAGCGGCACGCCGUGACGACGACGUACCGCCACCGCUUCUACCUGGAGCUGAGAGCGGUCAUGCAGGAAGGGAGGAACCCCCUCCGUUUCAGGAACAACCAGAACAACAGUGGCGACGGCGGCUACAACUCGCCCAAUAUGGUAGAGUCCGACCGAUGUCUAUCGCCACCGCACCGCCCCAGAAAUCGCUCGUCGAAGGAUGGAAAAGCCUCUUCGCUGCAGCUUGAUGCAUACUCUUCGACCGAGACGCCACAUGUCUUGCCCACCGGCGGUCGGCCGACAACAGCAGAGCCCGCGAAGGAACGACCUGGUGCUCGGCUGCAAAAGGGAGACGGACACGGUCGAGGAGGGGCCAGCGGGAUGGGUUCGCCCGGGCCAGAAGAGAAUGGCGUCACGGCGGAAGAGUUUUCGGAAGCUUUGGCGCGAUGCCCCGAAAUGCUCCAAGCGUUCGGGAGCCAGCUAGACGCGAGGUUACGACACCGACAUCGGCCUAUUUGGAUGGCGCCGUUCAUGAGGAAAGGGGGCUAG